GGACAGUCGGUGCUUUGGGUGCAGAGUGUUUGGUGAUAAAGUGGAAGUCAAUUAGCGUGGACUUUUCACCGAGCUGUGUAUUCCACUUGUGCAGAAGAUUAAGAUGGAGUGGCGGCAGCAGACCAGUGUCAGCUGUGCAGACGCCUUCAACGAGGCUCAACGCUGGAUAGAGGAGGUCACUGGAAAAUCAUUUGGUUGCAAUGAUUUCCGUGGUGCUCUAGAGAAUGGAGUCCUGCUUUGCGACCUGAUCAACCAGUUAAAGCCUGGCAUCAUAAAGAGAGUCAACAGGCUUUCUACUCCCAUUGCUGGGCUGGAUAAUGUGAGUGUGUUUCUGAAAGCCUGUGGGAAACUGGGACUGAAUGAGUCACAAUUGUUUCACCCUGGGGACCUGCAGGACCUGUCCACUCGUGUAACUCUCAGGCGAGACGAAAGCAACAGACGACUCAAAAAUGUUCUCAUCACCGUCUACUGGCUGGGUCGUAAAGCUAAUCUGGAUCCGUUUUACAGUGGUCCGCAACUGAACUUUAAGGCCUUUGAAGGAUUGUUAGGACUAGCUUUGUCCAAGGCUUUGGAUGAUGCUGGCAUCGUGUUUAUGAAAGAAGGCGGAUACAGAGAGUGCUGGUACCCAGAGAAGGAGGAGAUUCGACACAUGAGACGGAGCUGUAAGAGUGAGAACUCAGCAGACGGCAUGGACUCUCUGGAUGCCAGGGCUCUGUGCCCAAACAGUGAAGGUUGUGGAAGUGAUGCAGAGGCUGAGCAGGUGUUCAGGAUGGAAGCGGCACAGUCCUCCAUACAACACAACAGAGGUUACGUCCCUCCACCACUCCUACGGGCAAAGAAGGGACGGGAGGAGGGUGGACUGGGCUGCACUAGUCCACUUUUGAGAACGUGUCACAUUCAGUUUAGACCUGAAGCACCAGUUCAGGUCAACCCUGGCUGGAUUUGGAGCAAGUCACUGAGCGAUAUACCCAUGGUGUACCCUGUCCGUAAAAUUCCUGGUGGGCAUACCAUUGUGGAUGAUGAUCAGGACAGUGACACAGCAACACAAGAGAAUAAACUGAGGAGCAGUGUGGCUCCCAAGGACACUGAAGCUCAGUGGCAGGAUGACUUAACAAAGUGGAAGAAUCGUCGCAGAAGCACUGCAUCUGACCAUCGCACGAAGUCGCAGGACAGGGAGCAUGUCAUAAAGCAGAUGACCAACGGAGGUGCGACUGCUAACUUUGAAAAAUAUGAGACACAGAAGAGAGACCAGCAGUCACCGCUCAGCCUUAACCCACCUCCUCGUCCUUACUCCGCCUCUUCUCCGUCAAAAUCCUCCAGGUCUAAUUUUCGGCCACAUACUCGGGCACUGCUGGCACGGACCUACGCUACUGAGACCCCUUUAAGCCCCCCAGUUACAUAUGCCCCCCCAACUGCAGAACACAAUCAGGGGUCUUCAGUUGGAGUCAUGCCUGCCUCUGAUGGGAACAUCCUAGGAAAGGAGACCUACUUUGCCUCAGUGGGUUCAGUUGGAGUAGGAGUUACAACACCUUCUCUGGACUACCCUUUCAGUUCACAGACACAAGACAAAGCUGUCUGCAGACCAGCUCCAGUGCAGCCCACAUCACAGCAGAACCAGACUGAAAAUGUCUUUAGAGGUCACAUCUCCUCUCUGGUCACAACUAUCCAGCCAGUCACCAGGGUGUGUACUGCUGUAGGUUACAGGGAACCCCCAUCCUGCAGUGACCCAGAGGUCAUCGCUGAUGCAGUUAAUACCCUUGAAGGACCCUCUCUGCACAACCAGAGGGUGCCUGUGGAAGGACACAGUGGUCCACUAGCUUCAGGCGUCUCCAAAUACUUGUCCCAAACUGGGUCGUGGUCCGGUUCAGCUAGCCUUCCCAGAGGUUUUCGGCGAUCUGAAGGCUCAGCCCGUCUCUCUUCUGUUAUCACUGCCAGACCCUUUGGAAGCAAGCAGUCCAGAGUGUCCUCACUCCCAAGGCUGUGCAGUAUAGACGACAACCAACAAAGUUUGCUGUCAAAUAAUAAGAAAGGGGGGUCUCUGUCUCUCCCCGUCACGUCUGUACUGAAAAGACAGACUGCAACCAUACAUCUGAAGGGUCAGAACCAAGAUUCAGUCAAACAGAAGAAAGCUAACCAGGCAGAACAGGGUGCAACGGGGGAGGGAGAGGGGGAGAAACGUGCCAGUCUUUCCAGCCAAACCUCCACCCAGACCAAUGGCUAUCACCGUCAACUUGACAUCCAAACCCAGUCGGCAUCAAACACAGCCAGUGACCUUCAAAAAGUGGAUCACAGUGACAUGAGAGUGAGUCUUACUCUUAAACCCAACAGUAGACCGGACUUUGGUUUUCAGACUCAUUGGGACUCCACAGGAGCAAGAGUAAAAUCCAUUCAACCUGGCAGCCCAGCAGAGCUUUGCCAGCUGUGUGUUCAUGAUGAGAUUGUAGCCGUUGAUGGAGUUACUAUUGCACACUUGAAUUACAACCAGUGGAAAAAUAAAAUGACAUCUGCCCUACAAACCGGCAGUCUGACCAUGGACAUUCGACGCUAUGGCAACAAGGAUUGGAGCUCCAGUGAGGGGACUCAUUACAACCAGCCAGGCCAGAGCAGGAUGACCCUCAAUCUGACCGCUACAGCGUCCAUUCUGAUAGGUUGCCCUGAUCACCAUGCCAACACCGCUGCCUCUACAGAAUCCACAGUAAUAAAUAUGUCCAAAUUCAAUGGGCAGACAGAUAAUGUUGUACAAAGUAAAGGCAUGGAUGAAGAGCAUGCUGAAAACACCAGGACAGCCAGAAGUAAAGGAGGUUCCGAAUCUGCAAUUUCUGAUCUCCAGGUGCCAUCCCUCAGCCCCUCCUCCGCCAGCUGGUCAUGGGACCAUGAACAGGAUCGCAGGCGUCAGGAGAAGUGGCAGGAAGAGCAGGAGCGCCUCCUACAGGAGCAAUAUCAGCGGGAUCAGGAGAGACUGGAGGCGGAGUGGCGUAGGGCACAGCAAGAUGCUACCGGUGAAAUAUGUCGGAGACCAGGGCUGAACGCCUGUGAGAUGACCAGCGGUGUUGAGAGUCCUGCCAGCACACAGCUCCAUGUGAAUGGAGGGACAAAUAAAACCAGAACAGAUGAGCAGAGCCCUGGCACAAAAGAGCUGAAAGAAGCAGAAACACAUGCUCACAGUAAUGCACAAGGAGCCCAAAAUGACAAGAUCAGUGAGGAAGACUGGGCUGAGGGCUCCUGUGGCUUUGCUCAGCUGUCUCCUGCACACAGGGCAAAGUCUUUGUCCACUCCUGCAUUAGCAAGCCCCCACAAACAGAUAAGAGGUGAUCAGAGGAAAAGAAAAGGCCAGCCUGUGUCAAAGGCAGAGCAAGAAAGGCAACAGAUUUUAGAGGAGAUGAAGAAGAGGACUCAGCUUCUGACUGAUAACAGCUGGAUACGACAGCGCAGCGCCAGUUUUUACAAGGAGCCCAUCUUUACUGGGGCUCCACUGAAGAGGUAUGAGUCUCUAGACAACCUUGAUACCUGGCGUCAGUCUCCAGUCUCCACCACUGUAUUCAAUUACCCUCGUCCACACUCAGCUGCAGGAUACUGCGUCCCAAGUAGGAACUCCUCCUCCCGCUACAGCACUUCGGCAGCAUUACCCCAGAAAAAUGCGCCCUCAGACACCUCUCAUCAUGGCAGGAUGAUCAGAGGCAGGAGGACUUGCUGUAUGUGUGAGCGUGUCCUGAGUAGUGGGGCAGCCAUGGUCAUAGAGGCCCUUAGUCUGUUCUUCCACCUCGCCUGUUUCCAGUGCGUGGGCUGUUACAGAUAUCUCGGAGGAACAGAGACUGGAGUCCAGGUUCGGAUCCGAAACAGGAAGCCUUACUGUGAGCGCUGCUAUUUCCAACUUAAGUCCACUGGUGCCCCCUCCAUGUGACCAACUUGCAGUCCUCCAUAUUACAGAAUAAGCAGCUGAAUGGGAAUCAGUCUUGGAUAAAACUACGAUGAAAAAUGCAGCAGGCGCAUAUCCACAAAGCCAAGCAUUGACGACUGUCUUCUAAACUGUAAAGUCUAUAAUGUGUGGAAGAUUUUCACUGUCUUUGGAUUGAUGAGCAAAACACAAUAGCUUCUUAAUGAUUAUUAUUAGGUCAGUUAUGCACAUAAGGCACUAGGGUUCUCGGAAGUUUUUUGGCUAAAUUAUUUUGAUUUAGAUUAAUAAUAUGAUUAAUAUAUGAAAUAAAGUAAUAAUUGAUAGCUUUCAUUGUUGUUUCUAUAUGCAUUGUCUUUCAUUGUUGCUCAUUAGUGUAUUGGAGGUUAUAUCAAAUUAUUGUGAGCACAUUUUAGAUUGUAUUGAUGUAUUGUUCUGCCUGCUUUCUACCAAGUGCACUCUGGGAUAAGUCAGUGGUGUAUGCAUAACAUGUUUUCUCACAUAUAAAUGGACAUGUAAGCUCAAACAUUUGUACAAUAAAGUGCACUAGACAUUAACAUAAAGCCUCUUUAGUUAUUCAUUGAUGCACCACUUGGUGGCAUGGUUGGCCUCACAGAAAUCCAUCCAGCAUCGUGGGUUUCCCCUGAAUAUUUGACCAUAACAUUCUUUUGGCUUUGAAGAUUACAUAAUGUUGCUUCUGUUAUGAAUGCGUUUCAGAUGCUGGUUUAUAAAUAAAGGUAUACAGCAUCCAGUGUUUGCAUAUUAGCUGCUUGUACUAGAAGUGUAGCAGACCAGAAUGACAUGUUAUGUGUUUAGGUGUCAAAAGAAAUGAGAAAAUUAUUUGAAAUGUGUCAAAGCUUUUGUCCAAUCCAAUUUGCUACAAAGCAUAAAUUAAAGAAAACAAAAUUGCCUUAUUUACUCCUCCAGUUUGUUGUGAAAUGCAACUGAAUUUCUGUAAUUUCCUAAAAGAAAUAUGUGUAUAAAUGCAAAUAAAUAAAGUUAGACUUGAUUCCA